GGAGCUGGCAGCGCCCCCGGGAGCAGGGUCCGGCGGGGGGGCGGGGAGCCGCGCAGCCCCCGCAGCCGCGGGGACCAUCUUGGGCGGCGGGAGCCGGGGCUUCCACUGCCAUCGGCUUCUGGAAGCCUCCUCUGACCUCCCAACGUCAGCCUCGGGCUCCAAACCCUGGAGAGAAGCUGAGAUCUUUCUGGUAUUUCAGCAUCUUCCAGCGUCCUCGGGAAGGACAGAGGGUCGGCAUCCCGGUGUCUCCCCGGGGUCCUUGGGGAGAUGUGCCCGAGCUGAUGGACGCAGUAGCUGCUGGGUUUAGACAUCUCAGCUCCACAAGGAGAAGAAAAGAGACUCGUAUCUUUGCUGUAACUAUGGCAGGUACCCCAGAAGGAGUCAACCUUUGUUGCCUAAGGCUAAUUUAUGCCUGAGGCCACCAGAUCUGCCUAGGACACACCACAAAACUCCUGGAAAAGAUAGAGACAGGUCUCAAUGAGUAUACUGAUGACACUCAACUGAAAACAGCUGUGCUGCUGCUCUCCCUUGAAGAGAGAGAGAGGAGCACCCUCUGAGGUUGGGACGAGGCUCAGUGGGGAUCUUCUCCUGCCUGCUGAGGUCCUGUGGGGGACAGGAGGCUUCUUACAGCUGCUGGGCUCUGCUCCAUGACUAACACAAAGGACCCGAAGAGAGCUAUGGACUCCUCUCCAGUGACCUCCAGCUCUGCGACAGGCCCCGUCACCUUCUCACACGUUUUUGGGCAGCAGUGCCAGCUGAUGGAAGCAGCUGUGGAGUCGCUGCAUUCCUUGAACGACCAGAUCUCCCACUUUAUUGUCAACAAGUCAAAAACACUGGAUGAAGAUGAAGAUGCCUUUUUGCCCAGUGAGAAGGAAUCUCUGAAAAAUGCCAUGUUGCUGAUGAGGCACCUCCUAAUGGAUGCACAGGGAGGACAUCUUGGUGCAUGGAGCGUGCAGCUGGUGAUGGGGCUGGAUCUCGGAUUUAGGGAUGAAAACGGCUCUGAAGUUUCAGGAGAAAAGGGAGCCAUAUACCUGUUGGAAAUCCAGCAUCAGCACUAG